UAAUCUUCGGUCAAGAAUAGGAUCAAUAGACUUCAUUAUCGGUGGAAAACAUCCUCGGACUGAAUCCGCUAUUUGUAGCCUCCAAAAUCAAAAGAAAAUGACAUUUCGGAAAAUUGUCCUAAAUGGGUGAUGAUACACCUUUCGAAUUUGUCAAAAUUGGACAGGGAAGAAAUCCGCCCAAAUCGGUGCCUAAUGGACUUAUACGUUGUGGAAGAAUAGCCUCAGGCCGAAUUCGUGAUCUGUAGACAUCAAAAUCCAAGGAAAAGGGUUUCAAAAAAAAAAUGCCCCAAAAAAUACAAAAAUAUCAUCCCAAAGUAAAUUGGCCAAAUUCGGUACUUAAUGGACUUAAUCUACGGUCGAUAAUAGUAUCAAUAAACUUCACUGUCGGUGGAUAACAGCCUCAAGCUGAAUCCGGUAUAUGUAGCCUCCAAAAUAAAAAGAAAACGACAUUUCAGAAAAAUCGUAUGAAACUGGUGAUGUUACCCCAUACGAAUCUGCCAAAAAUGUACACGGAAGAAAUCCGACCAAAUCGGUGCCUAAUAGACUUAAUCAUCGUUGAAGAAUAGCCUCAGGCCGAAUAUGUGAUUUUUAGCCAUCAAAAUUAAAAGAAAAUCGCCUUUUUCGUAAAUUUUUGGGCGACGAAAGGCCAUUUUCUUUGGAUAUUGAAGGCUACAGAUCACGAAUUCGGCAUGAGGCUAUUCUUCAACGAUGAUUGAGUCCAUUAAGCACCGAUUUGGGCGGAUUUAUUCCAGGUCAAUUUUUGGCAUAUUCCAACGGGGUACCAUCACAGAUUUCAGGCUAUUUUUCAGAAAUGCCAUUUUCUUUCGAUUCUGGAGGCUACAGAUCACGAAUCCAGGCCGAGGCUAUUCUCCACCGAUAAUGAAGUCUAUUGAUCCUAUUCUCCACCGAUAAUCCAAGCAAAAUGGCCUUCCGAAAAAAAUGCCCCAAAAAUUAUGAAAAUUUGAUCCCAAUAUAAAUUGGCCCUAUUUCAUGCUUAAUGGACUUAAUCUUCGGUCAAGAAUAGGAUCAAUAGACUUCAUUAUCGGUGGAAAACAUCCUCGGACUGAAUCCGCUAUUUGUAGCCUCCAAAAUCAAAAGAAAAUGACAUUUCGGAAAAUUGUCCUAAAUGGGUGAUGAUACACCUUUCGAAUUUGUCAAAAUUGGACAGGGAAGAAAUCCGCCCAAAUCGGUGCCUAAUGGACUUAUACGUUGUGGAAGAAUAGCCUCAGGCCGAAUUCGUGAUCUGUAGACAUCAAAAUCCAAGGAAAAGGGUUUCAAAAAAAAAAAACGCCCCAAAAAAUACAAAAAUAUCAUCCCAAAGUAAAUUGGCCAAAUUCGGUACUUAAUGGACUUAAUCUACGGUCGAUAAUAGUAUCAAUAAACUUCACUGUCGGUGGAUAACAGCCUCAAGCUGAAUCCGGUAUAUGUAGCCUCCAAAAUAAAAAGAAAACGACAUUUCAGAAAAAUCGUAUGAAACUGGUGAUGUUACCCCAUACGAAUCUGCCAAAAAUGUACACGGAAGAAAUCCGACCAAAUCGGUGCCUAAUAGACUUAAUCAUCGUUGAAGAAUAGCCUCAGGCCGAAUAUGUGAUUUUUAGCCAUCAAAAUUAAAAGAAAAUCGCCUUUUUCGUAAAUUUUUGGGCGACGAAAGGCCAUUUUCUUUGGAUAUUGAAGGCUACAGAUCACGAAUUCGGCAUGAGGCUAUUCUUCAACGAUGAUUGAGUCCAUUAAGCACCGAUUUGGGCGGAUUUAUUCCAGGUCAAUUUUUGGCAUAUUCCAACGGGGUACCAUCACAGAUUUCAGGCUAUUUUUCAGAAAUGCCAUUUUCUUUCGAUUCUGGAGGCUACAGAUCACGAAUCCAGGCCGAGGCUAUUCUCCACCGAUAAUGAAGUCUAUUGAUCCUAUUCUCCACCGAUAAUCCAAGCAAAAUGGCCUUCCGAAAAAAAUGCCCCAAAAAUUAUGAAAAUUUGAUCCCAAUAUAAAUUGGCCCUAUUUCAUGCUUAAUGGACUUAAUCUUCGGUCAAGAAUAGGAUCAAUAGACUUCAUUAUCGGUGGAAAACAUCCUCGGACUGAAUCCGCUAUUUGUAGCCUCCAAAAUCAAAAGAAAAUGACAUUUCGGAAAAUUGUCCUAAAUGGGUGAUGAUACACCUUUCGAAUUUGUCAAAAUUGGACAGGGAAGAAAUCCGCCCAAAUCGGUGCCUAAUGGACUUAUACGUUGUGGAAGAAUAGCCUCAGGCCGAAUUCGUGAUCUGUAGACAUCAAAAUCCAAGGAAAAGGGUUUCAAAAAAAAAACGCCCCAAAAAAUACAAAAAUAUCAUCCCAAAGUAAAUUGGCCAAAUUCGGUACUUAAUGGACUUAAUCUACGGUCGAUAAUAGUAUCAAUAAACUUCACUGUCGGUGGAUAACAGCCUCAAGCUGAAUCCGGUAUAUGUAGCCUCCAAAAUAAAAAGAAAACGACAUUUCAGAAAAAUCGUAUGAAACUGGUGAUGUUACCCCAUACGAAUCUGCCAAAAAUGUACACGGAAGAAAUCCGACCAAAUCGGUGCCUAAUAGACUUAAUCAUCGUUGAAGAAUAGCCUCAGGCCGAAUAUGUGAUUUUUAGCCAUCAAAAUUAAAAGAAAAUCGCCUUUUUCGUAAAUUUUUGGGCGACGAAAGGCCAUUUUCUUUGGAUAUUGAAGGCUACAGAUCACGAAUUCGGCAUGAGGCUAUUCUUCAACGAUGAUUGAGUCCAUUAAGCACCGAUUUGGGCGGAUUUAUUCCAGGUCAAUUUUUGGCAUAUUCCAACGGGGUACCAUCACAGAUUUCAGGCUAUUUUUCAGAAAUGCCAUUUUCUUUCGAUUCUGGAGGCUACAGAUCACGAAUCCAGGCCGAGGCUAUUCUCCACCGAUAAUGAAGUCUAUUGAUCCUA